AGACUACACUCUUCUACUGCCAACAGUAGUCUUUAGUACUCUAGAUUUAAAGCGACAAACGGACACGGGCGUUAUUCUGUUGGUGGUUGUCGCUGAAAUCUUCUUAUCAUGGCCUUUUCGAAAAGUCGAAUGCUGGUGUUUGUGAUGAGUGUGUUCCUAAUGAACAAGUGUUUAGGUGAGCUCCAGUUGCGACUUAGGGGUGGCCUUAGCCCUUCGGAGGGGCGCGUUGAGGUGCAGUAUCGAGGGGUGUGGGGCGCGGUGUGUGACGAUUACUGGGAGCUAAAUGACGGCCACGUGGCAUGCCGUAGCCUCGGCUAUCGGCUCGGCGCGGAGAGUGUCUCGUGCUGCUCCCGGUACGGACAUAGUGCUUCUGGACGCAUCUUUCUCGACGAUGUCAACUGUCAAGGGCACGAGGAUUCGCUAGACCAGUGCAAAAGCGAGCCACUUGGAACACACGACUGUGACCCUAUGAGAGAGGCGGCGGGGCUGGUGUGCAGGAGUGAAACUAGAAACACGCCAGAGAUCCCAGUACGUCUUAUGGACGGGGCUGACUUGACCGAGGGUCGAGUGGAAGUGAUGUACAAAAGGGAAUGGGGAGCAAUCUGUGACGACAUGUGGGAUAUGCGCGACGGUCACGUGGUCUGCCGCAUGCUUGGUUUCGAUUCUGCUACAAGUACUUCUUGCUGUGGAAAGUAUGGUCCCAGUAAAAGCAGGCGUGUCUGGUUGGAUGACGUUCAGUGCAAGGGCGAGGAAAAGUCUAUUAGCGAAUGCAACAAGCGAGAGUGGGGCUCCAACAACUGCAACUACCACGAAACAGCCGGUGUGGUCUGCAAACGAGCCAAACCGACCACCGUACCAAAAGUCAAGUUUCGGCUAGAAGGAGGUCGAUCUCCAAACCAGGGUCGCCUUGAGGUGGAGUACAAUGGGCAGUGGGGAGGCGUAUGCGAUGAUCACUGGACACUUAGCAACGCACAUGUCGUAUGCCGAGAGCUGGGCUUCGAACGAGGCCUCAGCGUGGCCUGCUGUUCCAAAUAUGGUACCAGUCUAUCCAACCGUAUAUGGCUCGAUGAUGUUAUUUGCGAUGGUAAUGAAGAGAGCUUAGCAUCAUGCUCGCAUCGACCUUGGGGACGACACAACUGCGACACGCUGAAAGAGAUGGUUGGGUUGGAGUGCGUUGGAGCCACACUGCUCCCUACCCCUCCCCCAACACUUGCACCUUGCCCAAAUGGUUUAGAGCGGACGCUGGAUGGCUCCAUUUGUACUGAGCCUUGCGCAGAGGGUUAUGAACGAUCAGUCUUGGGAUCUAGCUGUGUAGAUGUGAAUGAGUGUAAUAACAGUGCCCGUGUUGCCUGUCCAUACGAGUGCAUCAACACCGUCGGAAGCUUCACGUGCGUUUGUCCCGAGGGGUACGAGGGCGAUGGCCAAAUGUGCACAGUUAUCUCUAUUCCCGGUCCUGGCGACCCUCACGUGCGCCUUACAAACGGGCCUUCGCCAAAUGAAGGGACGGUAGAGGUUUUUAGGGACGGUCAGUGGGCCACCGUGUGCGAUGAUUUCUGGGAUCUUCGCGAUGCUCACGUUGUGUGCCGGAUGCUGGGGUAUACGCAUGCUGACCGCGCGUAUUGUUGUGGGAGACACCGCAGUAACAUUACGCGGGCGAUCAUGCUGGAUGACGUGCAGUGCCGCGGAGAUGAGGAGUCUAUUUUCCAGUGCCGUACUAGUGAGUGGGGAGUGCACAACUGUCAGCCGGGGCAGGAGGAAGCUAGUGUUUCGUGCGUCCAUGUGGCUAGCUUCCCUUCCACGCCACCUCCGACCCUGUACGCUCCGACCGACGUGGAAUUCCGUCUCACCGGUGGGCCUAGCCCUAACGAAGGCCGUGUUGAAAUGUUCUACCGUGGGGAGUGGGGUGCGGUGUGCGAUGACAACUGGCGCCUCAGAAAUGGUCACGUGAUUUGCCGUUACCUAGGAUACCAGAUGGGUGCUAGAAGCGUGUCGUGUUGUAGUCGCUAUGCUGCAAGUGCAUCCCGCAAAAUUUGGCUGGAUGAUGUUGUUUGCCGUGGAACGGAGAAAUCGUUACUGCGCUGUAUUCAUCGCCUAGGAUCAAGUAAUUGUAAUAACUUUGAGACCGCUGGUGUGGUGUGCGAGCGUCCCACUACUGAUCCCCCCACCACUACGCCCAUACCGACAACUGAGGCGACCACUACACGCUCGCUUUAUUACACACUUAAGCGGAAGUCGCAGACCGUGCGCCUUAUGAAUUUCGGCGAUCAUCGCGGUAUGGGUCACGUGGAGGUCUUGCGUAACGGAGUGUGGGGCGCAAUCUGUGACGAAGGCUGGGAUAUUAACGACGGUCACGUGGUAUGCAGGUCGCUAGGAUACCGCGAGGCGUCGUUUGUCUCGUGUUGCAGUAAGUACGGAUCGACGUCCACAGGGCGCGCGUGGAUGCGAAACGUGCAGUGCAAAGGGACGGAAGAGACACUGGACCAGUGCCCGCAUCAGCGUGUGGAGGGGAGGCAUAAAUGCAGCAGAUUUACCCUGGCAGGAGUGGUGUGCGAGAUGUAUGGACCAACCUCUGCCGCACCGACCCCUCCCCCGUACGUGUGGGUGCGCCUUGUAAAUGGCAACCGUCGCGAGGAAGGGGCAGUCAUGGUGCGCCUUAACAACGAGUGGCGUUACGUGUGUGACGAUAACUGGGGCCUGGACGAGGGUCACGUGGUAUGUCGCAUGUUGGGCUACACGCACGCUGUGAGGACGCCUUGCUGUAACAGAUACAAUGCUCCUGAAAUGGAGUCUUUCUGGAUGGAUGACGUCAGAUGCACCGGUAACGAGACAAGCAUUUCCGCAUGUCGCCACCGGGGAUGGGGAGAACAUGAUUGCCGGAAGUCAGAGAUUGCGGGUGUGCAAUGCUUCACGGGAACUACCACAGUGUCGCCAUAUCAGCACCAACUGACUUCAAGUCCACGUGUCGUGAAAUUCCGGCUGACAGGCGGUUCUCGCGAGAGUGAAGGCAGAGUGGAGCUCUUCCACCGAGGAGAAUGGGGCUCAGUGUGUGACGACAACUGGCGCAUACGUAACGGGCACGUGAUUUGUCGUCACCUUGGCUACCCACGUGCUUUAAGCGUGUCCUGCUGUAGCGAGUUCGGUAUCAGUCCCUCGCGACGUAUUUGGCUAGAUGACGUCAUAUGUCGUGGAAAUGAGAAAUCAUUAAUGGACUGCCGACAUCGUGAAUUAGGUUUGAAUAAUUGCAACCAGUGGGAGAUAGCAAGUGUUAAGUGCGACCCUGGAUCCAAUACUGCUUCGCCGGUGUUCACUACAGUUCCUGUUACAUCGACAGCUCCUUCUUUUAGUACCAGGGCACCAGUCCAGCGCGUCCGUCUGGUUGGCGGCGCUAGUCCAAACGAAGGUCGCGUCGAGAUUUACCAUAAUGGGGAAUGGGGAGCAGUUUGUGAUGAUUUCUGGAAUCUGCUGGAUGGUCACGUUGUUUGCCGUAUGCUCGGGUUCCCCAAGGCAGAGAGUGUGUCGUGCUGUAGUACAUAUGGGUCUCACUGGGCCAGCAAGAUGCUCCUUGACGACGUCAAGUGUUCUGGUAUGGAGUCCAGCCUGUUAGACUGCUCGCAUAAAGAAAUUGGCCAACACGAUUGCCAUCCAGGUGAAGAGACCGCAGGCGUUCAUUGUCAGCCAUUCAUCUCAUCAACUACUCAUCGAGUUUCAGUUCCGACGACUCAGCCGGCCGUGCAGGUAGCCGUACCGGUCCGUCUGCGGGGAGGACGUUCAGCACAUGAGGGCCGGAUUGAGGUGUACCACGAGGGCGUGUGGGGUGCGGUAUGUGACGAUGGCUGGAGGAUACCGCAUGGAAACGUCAUUUGCCGUAUGCUGGGGUACGAAAAGGCUACCGCGGUCACGUGCUGUGGAGCCUUCGUUCAUGACCCACCUUCAAAUAUAUGGCUAGACGACGUACGUUGCCGUGGAAACGAGCGUUCGAUUUUCCGCUGUGCACAUCGUCCUUGGGGGAUUAAUAACUGCAAUAUGAAGGAGUUGGCAGGUGUGGUUUGUCACCUGGUCGGUGCCACGCCUUCUCCUCCUGCAUGCGGGAUCAAGCCAAGCCUUCCCUCAACCGGAUUCGCCCGAGCGGGUCCCGCCCGGCCAGAAGACUGGCCAUGGCAGACGAUGAUUCUUAACCGGCGACGGUUUCCAUUUUGUAGCGGCGUUUUGAUCUCGGCCCGUCACGUGAUCACUGCCGCUCACUGCUUCGACAGGAUUAUCCGAACUGACCAGAUCAUUGUGAGACUCGGAGCCUACAUAGCGCGGUCAGGGAGACUGGACUGGGGAAUGGGUAGCCGCUGGGAACAAGAGAUUGCGGUCGCAGCAAUUCAUAAGCACCCUAGCUACCAAGCCCCCACACGCUGGGCCAAUGAUAUUGCUGUAUUGAAGCUCGCGCGACCAGCGAUCCUCAAUAAGCGAGUAAACGUGGUUUGCAUGGAGAACGAAACAAACAUUUUCCCAGGGACGCCCUGCUGGACAACAGGCUGGGGGCUACUUGGCGUUCUCCCUGGAGAUAUGCGGAUAAUCCAGCAAAUCUCAGUCCCAAUCGUGUCCUUUAGGACGUGCCAAAAAAACUACCCGAGUAUCCACCGCUCCAUGACAUGUGCUGGGUACGACGAUGGGCGAGGCGUGUCGUGCUCAGGGGACUCGGGGAGUCCAUUGGUCUGUCAAUCCGCAGGACAGUGGCAUCUCAUCGGUGUUUCAAGCUGGGACGGUGGUUGUGGGUGGCCACGAUUUUACGGGGUGUACACCACAGCAUCGUACUUUGCUAGCUGGCUUACGAGUCGGACAAGCUCUUAGUGCUGGCUAUUGCUCUACUAUUGCGUCUGCUAUUUAUAGAUGCUAUGUGUCUGAUUCUUGUGUCAGGACUGAUUAUGGAUGUAUGCGUCUGAAUGCCCCCCCCCCCCCCCCCCCCUGCCUGCAUGAUGUAAUGAAAUGGAAGUAGCAAUUCUCUUUUUGUGGCGGCGAAGGAAGGAAUCACUGGUAUGUCAGACAUUAAGACAAUUACCAUAUAAGUCCUAUGUAAAACAAAGAACGGGAGAACGAUGGUCGUAUUACACGAUUGCU